GUUCAGGGAGCAUUUGCGGCUCCCAUCAAGGCCCUCGGUAUUCCCUAUGUCAUCGAGUCAUCGCCACGGGGCGAGCGGGUCUUUGAUAUCUUCUCGCGCCUGCUCAAGGAGCGGAUUGUGAUGCUCAACGGCGAGGUGAACGACCACGUCUCAGCCAUCAUCGUCGCCCAGUUGCUCUUCCUGGAAGCCGAGAACAACGAGAAGCCCAUUCAUUUCUACAUCAACUCUCCUGGUGGUGUGGUCACGGCAGGAAUGGCUAUCUACGACACUUAUAUCCAAAGCCCGGUGCACACUCUCUGCAUUGGCCAGGCCUGCUCGAUGGGAUCGCUGUUGCUGACGGCCGGCGAACCGGGACACCGAUCGGCACUGAAGCAUGCUCGGGUGAUGAUCCACCAACCCAGGUCAGCCCACGCGAGAGCUGCCGGCCAAGCAACCGAUAUUGAAAUCCACGCACGCGAGAUUCUCAAGACCAGGGCCAUUCUCAACAACCUGUAUGUCCAGCACAGCAAGCAGCCCCUGGAAGUCAUCGAGCGAUCCAUGGAACGAGACAACUUUAUGAGCGCUGAGGAGGCCUUGACUUUCGGACUGGUUGACAAAGUCGUCACCAAGAAGGAGCCAACUCCCAAGGAGAAGCCGCAGUAG